AUGAGAGUCGUUUCACAUACAGUGGAGCGACUCAGAACUGCCGGCUGCGGAUAUCGGAGUGUGAGAAGGUCUGGGGGAAAAAGACCAUUUCAUUUCAUUUCAUUUCAACAUCUUGCUGCACUUGCCAUCGACAGAAUUGCUUUUCCUCCCGUGUCUGAUUCCAGCCCCGUUCGUCUUAAUUCUCCGCACGUCUCUCCUUCGCCGUCAACUGGCAUCCAUCAUCCAUCCUCGCCCAUCUCCGAAUCCCGGCCCCUCGCGACUCCAAGCAUCCCCACGUUCCACCUUAUCAGACUUCCAGGCCACCUUGGGCCUAGCAGAGCAAGCAAAGCAUCCAAGCUGGCUACCCCGCGCCGACUGCUGCUGGGAGCCUUCAAUUCCCGCGUCUACCCCUCCUUCGCCCCCCGUGUCGUCACCCUGGCGCCCUCACGCCCCUCCUCGCGGCUCGACCUCUUGUCGCGCCAUCUCGAGUCGAAGCCCUUUCUAGAAUUGAACACUCCCUUUUCUACUGAACGAAGCGCGCGUUUUGUUGACGAGCAGGGCAACAUCAUCCCAUCCAAGACGCCUCGAGAGCAGCAUCAGCAACCAGAGGAGAAACCCAAGCAGAUUCCCGAAAUCCCUCCUAUACCUUCCAACAUGUCUAGCCAACCACCCCACCCGGCUUUGCUUAUCCCCGGCCCCAUUGAGUUCGACGAUGCUGUUCUCCAGGCUAUGGGCCACUACAGUGAAUCACAUGUCGGUCAACCCUUCGUGAACGUCUUCGGCGAUGUCCUCGGUAAACUGCGCAAGCUCUUCCAAACCACCGAUCCCGCCUCCCAGCCUUUUGUCAUUUCCGGUUCCGGUACCCUCGGUUGGGAUCAGGUCGCUGCGAAUCUCGUCGAGCCUGGCGAUGAGGUACUCGUGCUCCAUACCGGAUACUUUGCCGAUUCGUUCGCGGAUUGCUUCGAGACAUACGGCGUCAAAGCAACACAACUCAAGGCUCCUAUUGGCGACCGCCCUCAGCUCGACGAAGUCGAGGCUGCCUUGAAGGAGAAGAACUACAAGAUUCUGACUGUGACCCAUGUGGACACGAGUACCGGUGUGCUGAGCGAAAUCAAAGCUUUGAGUGAGCUCGUACACAGAGUCAGCCCAGAUACAUUGGUCGUUGUAGACGGUGUAUGCAGUGUUGGGAGCGAAGAAAUCCGCUUCGAUGAUUGGAAGCUCGAUGUGGUACUUACUGCAUCGCAGAAGGGCAUUGGCUGCCCAGCAGGGUUGAGCAUUCUCAUGGUAUCCGGUCGUGCGAUUGAGACAUUCAAGGCACGCAAAACCAGGCCUACUUCCUACUUUGGUUCCUGGAAGAAUUGGCUGCCAAUAAUGCAAAACUACGAGGCCAAGAAGCCUUCGUACUUCGCGACUCCCUCCCCUCAACUCGUCCGCGCCCUCGACACUUCGCUGACCCAAAUCCUCUCGCGACCCCUUGAGCAGCGCUUCGCAGACCACAAAGCUGCCUCCCAAAAAGUCAAGAAGGCUGUAUCCGACUUCGGUCUCAAGCAGCUCGCCUCCAAACCCGAGAACCAGGCCAACGGUAUGACCGCGAUCUACCUCCCCGAAGGCGUAUCUCCACCAGAUGUUACCCCCAGUUUGAUGAAGAAAGGCGUAAUUUUUGCUGGUGGCCUUCACAAGGAGAUUGCAUCCAAGUACAUUCGAUUCGGACACAUGGGUGUCAGUGUUACCGACCCGGAGAGACCGGAUAUUAAUAAGGCGAUUGAUAGUUUGAAGGAGAGCCUUACCGAGGUCGGGUACAAGAACUAG